GAUACAUUUUCCGACGACAGCGCCGCGUAUCGGUAGUUAUCACAUGUUCUUCGCUCCUAUUUUGAAAACAACAAAAAUGGCUUCCAAAACAAGCUCACAGGACACUCGCGCCGAGUUGGGCGAAUUGGUAAAGCGGAAAGCCGAAAUAGCUGAAACGCUCGCUAGUUUAGAGCGGCAAAUCUACGCUUUUGAAGGCAGCUAUUUAGAAGACACCCAGCUGUACGGAAAUAUUAUCAGAGGCUGGGACCGGUACCUGGCUAGUAACAAAGCAAGCACCAGUGACAAAAGGAACCGAAAAUUUAAAGAGGCGGAGAGGCUUUUCUCUAAGUCGUCCAUCACGUCAAUGGCUGCUGCCACUGGCCUGGCCGACGAUGGAUCUCAGGAAAAAGUUCAAACAACCGAACUUUCCACAGACAACAACAGCGAGUCUGAGGGUAGUAGUGAAAUAGACACUAAAGACUUGAACGGAUCCACUUCAUCAGCAAUGAAUGGCUCUUCCUUGCUCUCUGAUGCAAUUACUCCAGCGAAACAAGACUCAAGUAGUCAUGCAAGCAAACACCGAAACAGCAGCAGCAGCAUCAAGAAGGGUAAUAAGAAGGCCAGGCAUCGCUGACAUAGGAAGUGAGUGUAAACAAAAGUUUUGAAAGACAAUCCGUUUUGAUAUAAAGACUAAAACAUUGACGUGUUCGCCGUCAUCACUGUAGUAUCAUCACUUCAUUAAAUUUAAGAUUAACGUUUAGGUAGUAACUUGCCAAAUUCCCAAUUAAGAAUUAAACAU